AAAAGGAGGUUUACAUAAUACCAGCAGAAUGUCAUUCUUUAGCAUUCUCAUUGAUCUAAAUGGCACUUGCUUGGCUGGCGAAGCUACUGAAGUAUACAGCCUGAAAUCUUUAUCUUUACUCAUCAAUGGGAUUUUUGUGUAUUUUAUCCUUAUGGAACUUUAAGUCAAUUGUCAAUAAUAUGAAUGAUCACUGUAUGGAAAGACAAGUUCAAUAAACUAGUUGAUUUAAGAUAACUGCUCCUUUAUAGUUAGCAGUCAACACUUAACGGGGGAUGAAUGUUUUACUUACUUAUCCAAGCAUGUAAAGAAUAAAAAAAUAAUAUAGCUUUAUUAUCUUAAACUAGUUAAUUCUUUGUGUAACAUAAUAUUUCAAUGACAUGGGAUUCUAGAUACAUUGACAUAACAAAAUAGUUAAGAGUCCAGUCUGCAACUUGUUAAGAGAUAGUCUAAACCAAGGGUGUCCAAUCCUGCUCCUGGAGGGCCACUGUCCUGCAGAGUUUAGCUGCAACCCCAAUUAAACACACCUGAACCAGCUAAUCAAGGUUUUUAGGCAUACAGGAAACUUCCAGGCAGGUGUGUUGAGGUAAGCUGGAGUUAAACUCUGCAGGACAGUGGCCAUCCAGGACCGAAUUUGGACACCCCUGGUCUAAACCAAUCAUGAGGUGAAACAGAGGCGGUACGAUUAGCCUAAACUUCAGUUUUAAAGCAGACAGCUGACAAUGCUUCGGCUACUCUUUAAAUUUAGUCCAGUAAUCCUCUGUCGACUCUCAGUCAGCCUAGUCUGUCUCUCGGACAUCAUUUGAGAGAUUGAGGUCAUCCUCAUUCUCACUAAAUAUUACCAUGCAGACUCCAACAAAGUUCUUGAGAGUUCCCUUUGGAGAUCCAAUGAUUAUGGGUCAACCUACACCAAGCUCAACCUGAUGCCUGGGACAACCAUCAUAGUCACAAACUUCUACAUUUGUCCCACCAAUAAGAAAAAGGUGAUCUUAGUGAGCUCCAGCAUCAAUGAACGUGACCAGAUGCUCUUCAUCAGCACAGAUGAGGGUGCAUCCUUUCAACGGCAGCCUGUCUCCUUCACCGUGGAAACACUCCUCUUCCAUCCAUCUGAGGAAGACAAACUGUUGGCUUACAGCAAGGAGGCGAAGCUGUACAUCUCCACGGAUAUGGGUCACAAAUGGACUCUGCUGCAGGAGCGUGUUACUAAAGACAGAGUUUUCUGGGCUGUGACGGGGAUGGAUGUGGAUCCUGAUUUGGUUCAUAUGGAGAUUCAAGACAUCAGCGGUGGAUACCUUUAUGUGACAUGUCUCAUCCAAAACUGCUCUGAUAAAAUGGUGACAGCACAGUUCUUGGGGAAGAUUGACCACAAUUCCCUCUCAGUGCAAGAUGAAUACAUAUUUGUAAAGGUAACUACAGGAAAUCGCACCAAGUAUUAUGUCUCAUACCGGAGGAAUGAAUUUGUUCAAAUGAGAUUCCCUAAAUACGCCCUUCCGAAGAAUGUGCAAAUUGUGAGUACAGACGAGAAUCAGGUAUUCCUGGCUCUUCAAGAGUGGUAUCAGACGGACACGUACAACCUCUACCAGUCAGAUCCGCAGGGAGUCUAUUACUCCAUUGUGUUGGAGAACGUCCGCAGCACCAAGCAGCCUGAAGAGAAUGUCCUCAUCGACAUCCUGGAGGUUCGUGGCAUCAAGGGCGUAUUCUUAGCCAAUCAAAAAGUAGAUGGAAAAGUGAUGACUCUCAUCACCUACAACAAAGGCAGAGACUGGGAACCACUGGCUCCUCCUACAACUGAUAUGAACGGCAAACCUGUCAAUUGCAAGCAGCCUGACUGUCACCUCCAUCUCCACUUGCGAUGGGCUGACAGCCCGUACGUAUCUGGAACCGUCCACACUAAAGAUUCUGCCCCAGGCCUCAUAAUGGGUGCAGGUAACCUUGGGUCUCAGCUGGUUGAAUAUAAAGAAGAGAUGUACAUCACCUCAGACUGUGGCAAGACCUGGAGACAGGUUUUUGAGGAAGAGCAUCAUAUUCUCUAUCUGGAUCAUGGCGGUGUCAUUGUGGCCAUUAAGGACACUUCAAUCCCUUUAAAAAUACUCAAAUUCAGCAUAGAUGAAGGACAAACAUGGAGCAUCCACAACUUUACCAGCACUUCUGUGUUUGUGGAUGGACUUCUGAGCGAGCCUGGAGAUGAGACACUGGUUAUGACGGUAUUUGGCCACAUAAGUUACCGUUCGGAUUGGGAGCUGGUGAAGGUGGAUUUCCGUCAGUCGUUUCCCAGACAGUGCACAGAAGCUGAUUAUGACUCAUGGAAACUCACUGACCUACAGGGAGAGAAAUGCAUCAUGGGCCAGGAACGAAUGUACAGGAGGAGGAAAGAGUCAUCGUUGUGCAUUAAAGGGAAGAGCUAUACAUCAGCUCUAACAGCUAAACCUUGCCAGUGCUCAGAGAAAGACUUUGCCUGUGACUACGGCUUUGAGCGAGCUCCCAGCCUCAGGUUAGAGGGGGAUCGCUGCUAUCCUGACUUCUGGCAUGAUCCUGACGCUCCACCUGAAAACUGCCAUUUAGGACACAGCUAUAAGUCCAGCACAGGUUACCGGAAGGUCAUCACUAAUGUUUGUGAGGGUGGCUUGAAUAAAGAACAGAGCGCAAAGCAGCAUUCCUGUCCUCUGCUGCCCCCUAAAGGCCUGCAGCUGGGCAUCAAAGGACAGAUGUUGGCAGUGGCACCUGGUGAUGACAUCACCUUUAUAGUGCAUCAGGAACAGGGUGACACCACCAACACCAGAUAUCAGGUAGAUUUAAUGGAUGGGGUCAGGGCUAUAUAUGAAAACCUGACUGUCACAGACGAACCCAUUCAGCACCGUUAUGAGAAGCCAGGUGUUUACCGUGUGAAUGUGAAGGCUGAAAACUCUGCUGGACAUGACCAAGCCACCCUUUACAUUCAGGUCACAGCUCCUCUACAGGAUGUCCAUCUGGAGGUGGUCCCAAUCGUUGGCAGAAAUCAAGAAGUAAAUCUCACAGCUAUAGUGCUGCCCAUUGAGGCAAACCUUACCGUGUUUUACUGGUGGAUUGGAGAUAAUCUUCAGCCAAAGCUGACCCUGGAGAACAGCCUGAUUGCAAGGUUCUCUGAGGAGGGUGAAGUUCCUGUGACAGUUCAGGCUUCUAAUGGUCGCUCCAUGGUGCAGGACAGCAAGACUGUCAUUGUUUAUGAUCAUUUCCAGGUCAUCCCAUUGAGUUUCAGUCGUAAUUUGGACCGCUUUAACCCAAACAUCCCUGAAUGGAGACAAGAUGUGGGACAAGUCGUAACCAAGAUUCUCGCUAAGCUCACAGGGGUUCCUCAGGACUCUUUGGUUACCAUGGUGAAGCCUGGUCUUCCCACCACUGCAGACCUGUAUGUUCUUCCUCCAGUCAGCACACCAGUGAAGAGGAGUGUGUUUGUGGAUAAGCGUAUUCCCACCAUAAAGCAGGUUCUGAGUGAGAACAAUGUGAGCUUCAUUGUGAGAGGAGGGUUACGAGUGUUGGUGACUCUUGCAGACUCAGAUGCAGGUUCUCGUUUGGGUGCAGCAGGUCCAGGUGUUUGGGCUCUCGCUGUCUUUCUCCUCAUAAGCCUGAUCUCUGCUGCAGCAUUUAUUCUCUUCAAGUUUAAAAGGAAAAACUACAAAAACCAUGGUUCCUUGCUGAGGCCAGAGGAGAGCAGCCUAACGCGUCCCUGGCUGCGUUUCAGAAAACUACCAGGGCGAAAUGUCUACGCCCAGAUGCACAAUGAGAAGGAGCAGGAAAUGACCAGCCCUGUCAAUCACAGUGAGGACACGCAGAAUAUCAUUCAAGGCGAGGAGUUCAUUGAUGACGACCUUGACUCGCAGACACUAGGUAACGCUGGAGGCAACCACUCUGGGGUGGUGUUGAGCAUAAAUUCAAGGGAGCUUCACAGUUACCUGACCAGCUGAUGACCAAUGUGAAGGUGCCAGUGAUGAGCACAAUAGACUAUGCCUUCCUCCUCUCUCCAGAUCUGACCCUUCAGAAGAGAGAGCAGAGACACACCUGCACCAAACCUUCUCUUCCUCCUUCUCUCUCUGUCUUCUCUCUGUCUUUUCCAGCCUCCGUUCCCUCAUUCCAGAAGGUGGAUUUUGUACCCAUCUGCUGAUGACCACGUACGCUCACAUACAUUUCCUGUCUGACUGUUGAUAUGUGCACCCUGCAGUCUGUCUCAUCCCAUGUCCACCGUCUCUCUCAUUUGCUCCUAUCACGGGAUCAUGAAAUCAGCCCCACUUACUAAUGCCCAGGGAGAAACUCAUUGACAAAUGCUUUAUUUUCCAUCUUUUUCACUGUGUUUUUCCUUCGGUCUGAAUAGUUUUUUUACUCUCUCAGGCCACUGAGUUCUCAUGGUCACUGUAAAACUCAGAUUAGACUGAAAGGUGAGUGAAGGCCGUGCAGAUGUGCUGCAAUGCACUUAGAGCAGGAUAUGAUGCACAUUUAAUUCAGGGGAAGCAAUGUUUGUUAGAUAUAGCCAAAGGGACAAUUAAGAUAUUCUGUCACCCUCUUUUCUUUCUAUUGUAAACUUUUUUUUAAAGAAAUUUUAGUUGAACCCAUCAAUUUUCAUAUGCAAUAACACAUCUUUUGCUUCAGUCAAUAACAAAAUAUAUUAUUUUGCCCUGUUUCGUGAAUAUGCUAUGCAGUAAAGUAAUUUUUGUCUGUCUCAUCUGAUUCUGCAACUGUUAUUAAGAGCUAUGGUGCAAUUAGUAAUUCCGAAGAUGAUCGUUAACAAUGAUUACAUUUACCCAAGAAAUGCAGACAAACAUGGUUUUUAGCAAGCAAAUAAUGCCUAGAAUUAUGUCUAAAAGGCAGGUGCAAAAAAUUAGAUACCUUUCCAGUUACUGCCAAAUCAGCACAGCUAGAACCUUCUUGGUGUUCUUGGGAAAACCUGCACCAAUUAUAAGGGUCAUGCUUACAUUUACAAGGCCCAGGACAUUGUUUUUGUGGGUGUCCCUAUGAUGGGCUCUGGAAAUAGUCAGUUUUCCCAUGGAGACCUAUUCCUGUCUGUUUUCUCCAAGAACUGCAGUGCCAAAUAUUCAUCUUUUAAAUUAUAGUUUAUCUUCUUAGGCAUCUUCACUGCAUAAUGAAACAUUAUCCCCUAAGAAGUCAAAUCCCAUCGUUCAUCGUUGAAAUCCUUUGUGAAAACUAGCUACAUUCAAAUGCUCGUUUAUUUAUUGGACUUUAGAUUUCCUCAGAAGCAUCAGCCAUCGGAUCUUGACAGGGAGUCAACACAGGAUGAUUGACAGCGUAGCAUGUGCUACUUGUCAGGUGUAGUGUGUGUAUAAGCCUAUAUUAGGCACAGAAGGACACGGUUACGUUCCCUAUCGUUUGGCUUGUAUAUAUAACAAAGUGUACAUAGAUCCUGCUGUAUAUAGCCCCUCCUAAAUAUGACACUUUCAAUAGACCAAAAUGUGCACUGUUUCCUCCCAAAUGCCUCGCACUGGGUUUUCUUGAAUUCAGGAGUUCUACAUGGACGUGAAAUUAUCUCUUCUACAUCUUUGUCUUUAUUCAGCGUUGUUUACUGAAGGGUAUUCUUAAUAUUUCACAUCUAUAUCUAUAACAUUCACACUCACAUAACUAAAGAACUGUGUGAGAAGUGGUGCACUGUGUCUGUGUGCAUACUGAUUUUGUUUUGUCAUUUCAAGGGUUCAGCUAUUUAAAUCAAGGUGUCUGACUGAAUAGACAGUCUUUUUCCUUACAGACUCUCGCUGUUGGAAUCACUAGUGUUUAUGGAUGAGGGUCUCUCACUUGCACUAAUCACAGUUCACGACUUGUACAGUGUUGUUCAGGUGGGUUCAGGGAACACGUCGUUUUCAACUGAAAAAGACACUUGUGUAUCUUAUGUCACACUAGCGAGUCAGUUCGGGAAGUCUUGACCAAAUAUAUGAUUUGCAGAUUCACUGUCUCUUUAAUACAUUCUGUUGUGGAGCUUAGCUCAGUCUAUAUUUUUCCAAGAUUGAUUCUAACUUUGAGGAUGUUUAUGACAGCCUUGGAUCAAUAGAUUCUCUCAGCAUAAACCAAAAAGAUGGCAUCUCUACUCUGACCAGUUUAUGCUUAUGUAUAUCAAUAAUACAAACCUGUUUAUUUCUAUACAAUGCAAACAGUGUGGACUUGUUGCACCAGAAGCUGAAUUGUCUUUUUUAGCCUGUGUAUGAAAAGUUAUUUAGUGGCGUCUGGUGUGUCAACUAUAUUUCCAUCCAUGAAGUGAAAAUGAGCAAAAGCUUGAGUGUUAUUGGAGAGACGUCUCAUAUUUAGAGAUGUUUCUGCAUCAGUUUAGCUUUAGUGACAGCACACUCCAGCAACAAGGACACUUCUUAAAUACACACCAGGAUCCUUUCUGAAAUUAAGACAAACAUGGUGGAGAGACACAGCUGAACUGAUUCUGUAUUUUGUUCAAUUUCAUUUGUUCUUGUUACUUUAUAAUGUAAAUGUUUUUGACUCCACUGCAACAAGUGAAAAGCACUUAAUCAGCGUGUCUGAAUACAAACACACUAACUGUAAAGAUUUGUUUUGUUAGUUUGCGCUGUUUAAUAAAGUUUUAACAUUAUUCAUUAA